AUGACAACAUACUUCAUUCGCAACUAUAUAGAAAUCUUGAAGGAGUGUGGUGGAAUGAACAUUGAGAAACAGAUGAAAAUAUAUACAAAGAGAGAGAACAAAUAUGUAGUUCGUUAUGAUAGAACAACACCGUUAUGGGAUGUUAUGAAAACAUUGUGGGAGUGCAAAUAUUUCGAACCUAUUUCUUAUGGAGAACUUUUCACAUAUACUACUGACUUAUAUAAACAGAACCUUGCACCAUUUAAAGAUUUGACAUAUGCUCCAAAGUAUUGUGUACAACUGAAGAAGAAAGCAGAGUCAAAAGAAGUAAAUAAAGCUAAAUGUAAGUUCAUACCUGAGCACGUUUUCUUUGCUGACUUUGAGUGUAGUACCGAUGGCUUUCAUAAAGCUUUUAACAUCUGUUAUGACAGUGAAGAUGGUUCAGUGAGUGAAAGUAUUUGGGGUCAAAACUGUGCAACAGAAUUUUUGGAAAGACUUCCUGACAAGAGUUUAAUAUAUUUCCAUAACCUCAGUUAUGACAUAAACUUCAUCUUAAGACACAUGACAGAAGUGAAAGGAACUCCCAUCAUUAAAGGUUCACGAACAAUGCAAAUAACUGGCUUAUAUAAAGGAAGGGCAAUUAUUAUAAAAGACUCUUACAGUGUUAUAAAUAAGAAGCUUAAACUAUUUCCUGCUAUGUUUAACUUACAAACAGGACCGAAAGAAGUAUUUCCAUAUAACUACUACAGCAGUGUUUUGUUAGCAAAUGACAACAGAACUGGUGUCAUUUCUGAAGCAUGUAAGUUUAUCCAUGAUGCAGAUACAUUUAUGAAGAACAUAGAUUCCAUCAAAGGUUGCAGAAUAGAUGAAAACCACUUCGACUUAGAAAAAUAUAGCAC